AUGCCCGAAACCAGCAGAUUGAGCCGAUACGAUCAUCUCAAGGCUAUCUUUUCCAGGAAUUCUAGCCAAGAGCGCGAGAUCAAGGAUGAUGCGACAUCCGAAACUACACUCGUCCCACGACAGACAAAACCAAAAACCUACAAGAAGCGUAACAUACCCCGGAAUUAUAAUGGUGAGUACCUCAGCCCUAAAGUAAUGACAUGCAACAUCAGCUAA